AGGAACGCUCAUCCCUGAAGCAGCGAGUGCCGCAACAGCCUGCGCUUUAUCGGGCAGCCUCAUUUUGUGUCUGCUUGCGUGCGCGCUCGAGUGUCUGCGUGAAACAUCCGAGAGGUGCAGACGGAUGCAACAGCUUUGUGGAGAGGAGAUCACAAAACAGUCUGGACCCCUGCUUUUAGUUCGUCGCGCAGACGGAUUCACGUGUGGUCGCGUUCUAUGCAAGACUGCAGCUCCAUCUCAAAAUCUGCUCCAAGUUGAACACAAGAGAAACGAAAAAAAAAAAACAACCAAACAAAAAAAAAACCGUCAAACAAUUAAUUUAAAGUGAUGAUUAGACCACUAGAACAUAUUAUGAUGUUCAGUCGGGCCGCAAAUUGAAAUGAUCUUUUUUUUGCCUUUUUAAAAUAUAUUUGAGAACAUCACAGCAUUUCUACCUAAAAGCGCACGUUGCGUGUCGCGGGCACGAAGUGUAGCGAGGAGGGGGGAGGAAGCAAACAAAACCAGAUUUUUAUUUUUUUGGGAAAAAAAUUCCACUUUCCACUUCAUGUGAGAUAACCGCGGAAUGGUGUAGGGUAGACGGGCAAGCAUGCGGAUUUGUACACCUGCCGAGAAUUUCCCUCACGGACGCGCUCGUCCAAGGAGUUACCAGCGUUACGGAACCCCCAGAGCAAAUCCCGAAAUGGUUAAACUCUACUCUUCUCUGUUUAUAUGAACUUCUGCGUUAUGUUUAAACUUAAACGAGUCUGGGACGUCAUUCUUUCGGGUCCUCCAGAUCGUUACUAUAUUUAUCCGUAGUAACGCAAGAGAAAGGGGACGAGCAGACUAGAGAAAAGACGAAGACUGGCACACACUUCUCCGGUACACCGUGAAGCGUCCAUAUUUGAUGUCAAGAAAGACAGCUCCGUAGCCAUGGCAACUGAGGAGGAGGGUCCCAAAUCAGUGGGCGGUUCCUCCGCUGGGGUGGAUCCAAAUUUGGAAGCGGAUCCUUCACCAAAAUGGAAGGAGCCAUUAAACGAAGAGGCGGGGCCUCUGGAGCAGGAAGAGGCGGGGCCUCUGGAGCAGGAAGAGGCGGGGCCGGUGGAGCAUGAGGAGGAAGCGGAGGACGAGAUGUGCAGUGAGAUCAGCGCGCUGGUGUUGCCAUAUCCAGAGCUGGCGCCGGUCGUGUUCUUCUGUCUGAAGCAGACAACAUGCCCGCGCAGCUGGUGCAUCCGCCUGGUGUCCAGCCCGUGGUUCGAGAGGGUAAGCAUGAUGGUCAUCUUGCUGAACUGCGUGACGCUGGGCAUGUACCAACCCUGCGAGAACAUCGACUGCUCCUCCCAGCGCUGCCAGGUGCUACAGGCAUUUGAUGCCAUGAUUUACAUCUUCUUCGCGGUGGAGAUGGUUGUGAAGAUGAUCGCCUUGGGGAUCUUUGGUAGGAGCUGUUACCUCGGCGACACCUGGAACAGGCUGGACUUCUUCAUCGUCAUGGCCGGGGUUGUGGAAUAUUCUCUGGACCUCCAGAACAUCAAUCUGACCGCCAUCAGGACAGUCCGUGUACUGCGCCCUCUGAAAGCCAUCAACAGGGUCCCAAGCAUGCGGAUCCUGGUGAACCUGCUCUUGGACACUCUCCCCAUGCUGGGGAACGUCCUCCUGCUCUGCUUCUUCGUCUUCUUCAUAUUCGGCAUCAUCGGCGUGCAGCUGUGGGCGGGGCUACUGCGCAACCGCUGCUACCCCGAGGAGAACUUCACCCUAUCCUCGGGCAUGGCCUUGCCAACCCCCUACUACUCCCCCGACGAGGAGGACGAGCGGCCCUUCAUCUGCUCGCUGCCGCAGGACAACGGCAUCAUGUCCUGUGCCGACGUGCCGGCGCGUCGCGAGGGCGGGCGCGUGUGCUGCCUGGACGCGGAGGACGCGGCCCACCGGCGGGCCCUGGGCCUGGUGGCUGAGCCCUUCCUCAACGGCAGUCCUGCCGACGCCCAGCCGGGCCUGUGCGUGGACUGGAACCGUUACUACACGCGCUGCCGCACGGGCCGCUCCAACCCGCACAAGGGCGCCAUCAACUUCGACAACAUCGGCUAUGCAUGGAUCGUGAUCUUCCAGGUCAUAACCCUGGAGGGCUGGGUGGAGAUCAUGUACUACGUGAUGGAUGCUCACUCCUUCUACAACUUUAUCUAUUUCAUCCUGCUGAUCAUUGUGGGUUCGUUCUUCAUGAUCAACCUGUGCCUGGUGGUCAUCGCCACGCAGUUCUCCGAGACCAAGCAGCGCGAGCACCAGCUGAUGCAGGAGCAGCGGGCGGCAUGCCUGUCCUCCAGCACGCUGGCGUCGCUGGCCGAACCGGGCGACUGCUACGAGGAGCUCUUCCAGCUGGUCUGCCACGUGCUCCGCAAGGCCCGGCGCCGUGCGGCCGCCCUCCUGCGGGCCAUGUGCCGCCGCGCGCCGCCCCGCGACCUCACGCCUGCCCGGGCACGGAGGGCCACGUCUGGGGACUGGCCCAACGUCAAUGGAGGGGAGAGGAGCCAGAGACACUAUCAGGUGUCCCACUGUCCACAUCACAUGAAACCUGACCACACUCCUCCGGAAGGAUCUGCAUCUUUGACUCCGCCCUCAGACUCUGAAGUCUGCCCUCAAUGCAACAUGGCCCUUUCAGUCAGCGAUGGGGCUGGGCCUGUGGGUACACCGGCCAAUGAGGAGGCUGAGGAAGGUGCAGUGGAGGAGACGGAUGAGCAGGCUGGCCAACCAGAUGAGGGGCAAUGUAGGGGAAAGUGCAAAGAGGUGUGGAUGGGGAUGAGGGUUAAGCUGUGGGGGAUUGUGGAGAGUAAAUACUUCAACAGAGGGAUUAUGAUCGCCAUUCUCAUCAACACAAUCAGCAUGGGCAUCGAACACCAUGAGCAGCCCGACGAGCUGACCAAUGUGUUGGAGAUCUGCAACAUCGUCUUCACCAGCAUGUUCGCCCUGGAGAUGAUCCUUAAGCUGACCGCCUUCGGCUGCUUCGUCUACCUGCGCAACCCCUACAACAUCUUCGACGGCGUCAUCGUCAUCAUCAGUGUGUGUGAGAUCGUGGGUCAGUCAGACGGCGGCCUGUCUGUGCUCCGGACCUUCCGGCUGCUGCGUGUGCUGAAGCUGGUGCGCUUCAUGCCGGCCCUGCGCAGGCAGCUGGUGGUGCUGAUGAAAACUAUGGACAACGUGGCCACCUUCUGCAUGCUGCUCAUGCUCUUCAUCUUCAUCUUCAGUAUCCUGGGAAUGCACAUAUUUGGCUGUAAGUUCAGCCUGAAGACGGAGACAGGCGACACAGUGCCGGACAGGAAGAACUUCGACUCCCUGCUGUGGGCAAUAGUCACUGUGUUCCAGAUCCUCACCCAGGAGGACUGGAACGUGGUGCUGUAUAACGGCAUGGCUUCCACCUCCCCACUCGCUGCCCUCUAUUUCGUGGCGCUCAUGACAUUCGGCAACUACGUGCUUUUCAACCUGCUGGUGGCCAUCCUUGUGGAGGGAUUUCAGGCAGAGGGUGAUGCCAACCGCUCGUAUUCCGAUGACUCCUCCUCCAACUGCGAGAGCGAGAAGCACAAAGACUCGCUCCAGCUCUCUGAUCCUAAACUUUGCACUUUGACCCCCAACGGGCACCUGGAGCUGAAUGCGGUGGGUAGGGCCAGAAGGAGCAUCGCGGAGGAGGAAUCCUGCAAAAGCAGCGUUAGCAGCCUGGGCAAGACCAGCUCGGAGCAGCACUCCUCACUGCGUCAUGGUCGCAGUUCUCUGUACCGCCACUGGGGGCGCCCUCACCCUCAGUCUGCAUGGAGCCGUCGCUCCAGUUGGAACAGCGUGGGCCGUACCACUCGUGGGCUGGCUGUAGGGGGGAGCCUGCGCGUGCGUGGCCCUCACUCCCAUCCAGGCGAGCGCGAGUCCCUCCUCUCACCCCCUCCCCCUCUCUCCCACCAUCCCCCGCCGUUCUCCCGCCGUUACCCGCCACGCCGUGACCGCCGCGCCCUCUCGCUGGAGCUCCCAGAGUGCCUGCAGCUCCCCGCACCCCCCCUGCAGCGGCCCGCCCUGCCCAGGAAGAAGAGUUUCUGCGGGGACCGCAGCCCAGACGAGUACCAGGACUGUAACGGAAAGGCCCCGGGUCCCCAAGCACCACUGCUAAGUGAGGUCUACCCCCAACUCAAUGCUCGCAAGGACCGGCCCAACGUGGACGAGGAGACCGACUAUAGCCUGUGUUUUCGAAUCCAGAAGAUGAUUGAGGUGUAUCGCCCUGACUGGUGUGAGACAAGGGAGGACUGGUCCGUCUACUUGUUUUCCCCUCGGAACAAGUUUAGGCUGACCUGUCAGAGGAUCAUAGCUCACAAGCUCUUCGACUACGUGGUGUUGGCCUUCAUCUUCCUCAACUGCAUCACAGUGGCGCUGGAGCGGCCCAAGAUUCACCAGGGCAGCCUGGAGCGGGUCUUUCUCACCAUCUCUAACUACAUCUUCACCGCCAUCUUUGUAGCAGAGAUGACUGUCAAGGUUGUGUCGAUGGGGUUGUAUCUGGGAGAGCGUGCGUACCUGCGUAGCAGCUGGAACAUUCUGGAUGGUUUCCUGGUCUUCGUGUCUCUGAUCGACAUUGUGGUGUCGAUGGCAGGAGGUGCAAAGAUCCUGGGCGUGCUGCGCGUUCUCAGGCUCCUGAGGACACUGCGCCCCCUCAGGGUGAUCAGCCGUGCCCCUGGGCUGAAGCUGGUGGUGGAGACCCUGAUCACCUCGCUGAAGCCCAUCGGAAACAUCGUGCUCAUCUGCUGUGCCUUCUUCAUCAUCUUCGGCAUCCUCGGGGUGCAGCUGUUCAAAGGCAAGUUUUAUUACUGUGUGGGCCUGGAUGUGAAGAACAUAACCAAUAAGUCCGACUGUCUCUUGGCUAAAUACAAAUGGGUUCAUCACAAGUACAACUUCGACAACCUUGGGCAGGCCCUGAUGUCUCUGUUUGUGCUGGCAUCCAAAGAUGGCUGGGUAAACAUAAUGUAUCACGGACUCGAUGCAGUGGGUAUAGACCAACAGCCGUGGAUCAACAACAACCCCUGGAUGCUGCUGUACUUCAUCUCCUUUCUCCUCAUCGUCAGCUUCUUCGUGCUGAACAUGUUCGUGGGCGUGGUGGUGGAGAACUUCCACAAGUGCCGGCAGCACCAGGAGGUGGAGGAGGCCAAGAGGAGGGAGGAGAAGAGGCUCCGUCGCAUGGAGAAGAAGAGGAGGAAGGCUCAGAAGCUGCCGUACUACGCCGCGUAUGGUCACAUUCGUUUGAUGAUCCACUCCUUCUGCACCAGCCAUUACCUGGACCUCUUCAUUACCCUCAUCAUAUGUGUCAACGUCGUCACCAUGUCCCUGGAGCACUAUGACCAACCAAAGUCUCUGGAGACAGCGCUGAAGUACUGUAAUUACUUCUUCAGCUCCACCUUCGUGGUCGAGGCCACACUCAAGCUCAUUGCCUUCGGAUUCCGGCGCUUCUUCAAAGACAGGUGGAACCAGCUGGACUUGGCUAUAGUGUUGUUGUCUGUGAUGGGUAUUACUCUGGAGGAGAUUGAGAUCAAUGCUUCCCUUCCCAUCAACCCCACCAUCAUACGAAUCAUGCGCGUGCUUCGGAUCGCCCGCGUGCUGAAAUUGUUGAAGAUGGCUACAGGAAUGAGGGCUCUGCUGGACACCGUAGUCCAAGCGCUUCCUCAGGUGGGGAACCUGGGCCUGCUCUUCAUGCUCCUCUUCUUCAUCUACGCGGCACUGGGUGUGGAGCUGUUUGGGGAGCUGGUGUGUAACGCUGAUCACCCAUGUGAGGGCAUGAGCCGCCACGCCACCUUUGAGAACUUCGGCAUGGCCUUCCUGACGCUGUUCCAGGUCUCGACAGGCGACAACUGGAACGGGAUCAUGAAGGAUACGCUGCGCGAGUGUCCUCCGGGCGAUACCUACUCCUGCAACGCCAGCCUGCAGUUCAUCUCGCCCAUGUACUUCGUGAGCUUCGUACUGACAGCGCAGUUCGUCCUCAUCAACGUGGUGGUGGCUGUGCUCAUGAAGCACCUGGACGACUCCAACAAGGAGGCGCAGGAGGACGCGGAGAUGGACGCCGAGAUCGAGAUGGAGCUGGCGCAGGGCGGGCUCUGCUGCCUGAGCGGCUUGGCCGCCGCCGCCGGCCCCGGCAUGGGGGUUGGGGGCGGGGCUCUGGGCGGGGCGUUGGGCGGAGCCGGGGGAGAGAGGCCUGGAGGCGAGGAUGGAGUCAGACCGGCAGUGACGGCGGGGGCCCACGUCCACAUCGCCCAAAGCGGCUCCACGGCGCAGAGGGGGGGCUAUGAGCUGCCCAACCACCGGAAACUUUACUCACCUGCACAGGAGAACCUGUGGCUGGACAGCGUGUCCCUGCUGAUUAAGGACUCUCUGGAAGGAGAAAUGCAGUUGCUUGACAACCUGUCAGGAUCAGUAUUUCAUCACUACUCCUCCCCAGCCGUGUGCCGGGACUGCAAGGGCCACCCGUCCGAGAUCCGAUUGGCUGAGGUAGAGCGGGCUUCGCUGAUGUCAGAGCAGCUGUCUGACAAAUCAUCAUCGCCGGCGCUGCCUGAUGACCUCAGUCUUGAUGACCACAGUGUGUAUCAGCUGAUUGUUAGAGACAAGGAGGAGCGAGGGAGCAGUGGAUCUCAGAGCUUGGAGGAGCUCCAGUCCACGCCGGGGAAGUGCAGGGUUUCGUGUCCCCACACCAGGGCUCCCAGCCUGGGGAGUGAGGGCAGCAAAGAUCUCGAGUCGGACCUCCGGGACCUCCGCCUCCUCCGUGAGCCAGUUUCUCAUCAGCACACACCACCUCACAGUCAAGCAGAUGCCGAGCGGCGCAGCGGUGGCGGCCGAGGAGAAGGGAGGGAGGCCCCGCCUCGCUUUCGUCUCCCGGCAGAGUUCUUCCACCCGGCCUCGGCCGCGACCCAGGGGAGCCCGGCGGCGCGGGGCGCUUUGGGGGGAGCAAGCUGCCUCGCCUCGCCCUCCUCCUGGGCUUCGCUCCGCUCCCCCGGGGCCAACAACAGGGCCAUAAGCUCCCAGCCCAUGUCGCGCAGUGGGUCCUCGCCGAACGCGGGCAGUUCUGAGGGCAGCCUGCACACCACGCUGGAGGAAGGCCUGUGCUUUAGCGGGUCCCCCCCGCGGGACCUAACUCCGCCCGUGCCUUUGGUCUGCCCUCAGCCCGACGACCCCCCAGCUUCCCCGGGCUGCGGCCAGGCAACAUCCCUCGCUGAGACUGGCACCGGUCUCCAGGCCACCAGAGGGAGCCAGAGGAGCUGCAGCGCCAGUGGCUGCAACAGGCAGGACUCCACGGCAGCCUCGGACGAGGACACGGGCAUCGAGCACGGGUCGAGUAAGGCACUUAACAGCGAACAUUUAUCCGAGAUGCUCGGCAGCCUGUCCCUAACCUCCCUCCUGGCACCCGGCUCGCUGCUGCCGCCGCUGGCCAAGAAGUGCAACAGCACCGGGAGCUUAGAACAGGGCAGCCUGGCCGCGCGGAGCAGCGAGGGGCGGCCGUUUCACGCCGCAGACCAGCAGCGGUACGUCUCCGGGACCUUCCCGGCAGAGCGAGGCGGUGGGGGAGAGGAGAGUACGGGUUUGCGGGUGAAAAAGAGCUCCACCCAAACGAUGGACGCUGGCUGUCGCAAGGACAGAUGAAAGGCUGCACUCCUUCUCCCUUGCGCUCCUCUCCCAGGGAGGGAUGUGCUUGAGCCGUUCCGUGAAGACCCCCCCUCCCCCCAACCCCCCCGACACACCCCUCUGUCUUUCGUUCGCGACGCGUCCAUGUGUUUUGUGUAGCCUCAGCGGACAGGUGGAGCUCACGGCGACCAGAGGCCAGGAAGUGGAUGUGGGGCCGGCUCGGUAGAGACGGAGCGCUGGCGACCGUGGCCGCCGUGUGGGAGGGGCUUGCCCAGCGCAUGCGCAACGCAUGCUUUCUCAGUCUGGGGAAACUUCUGAACAGGAGAACGGGUGUCUGUCACGAGUUUGUCACGAGGAGGAACCAAAAAUACAACAAAGGAGCAGAAUCCUCUGAAAAAAAAAAAAAACCUGCGUCAGACUGUAUACGAGUGAAUGGAAUUUGAAUGCGAUAGGGCAUUUUUUUGGGGGGGGGUGUAUUUGUUUAUUUUUCUCCCAUAAAAUUCUGCCUCCUUUGAUCUUCUAUCUACAUGUAAAAAGGUGACAUUUCAGGAAAGAUGCUUUGGGUCGACUCUUUUGAUGUGGAACUUUUGAUGUAAGAUGACAGUUUUCCAUCAUCCACACACAAGGUAGCAAAGAUCAAAAUGCUGACUCCCCCCCUUAGCAAAUCAAAGACAAACUGUGAGCGAUUAUGUGACCCUAAAUAUUAGAUUUGUGUGAAGGUGUGCAUAAACCGUCCGUGUACAAGGAGUUAGGUGUUCUCAAAAUGGAGGGCUAAUUUUUAAAUGGCAUUGGAGUAGCUAGACUAGUCUUACUGAGGAAAUAUCUGGAAUGUUCUAUGAGUAACGAGGUGGGGGGGGGAUUGUAGUGUGUGAAAGGAUGUUUUGUAAUAGCUAAAUGAAAGUUAAUGUACUGAGAAGAGGCCGCAAAAGGCCACAGGAUCCAGAAGACGUCUCUGCGACGGCCGAGGUGCCUGGGGGCUGCUUCGGUUGCCGUUCCAUAUUUAGGGGAAGUCUUGCGUGAAAGUGAACGGCAAAACAUGGGGUCCUACCGUAAAGAUGUCAAAAAUGAAGAACCUUGUUCGUUUAUUUUUACAAAAGAAGUAGCAAAAACGUUCUGUAUCCAAAUGUUGCGUGUUAUCCAAAUGUUUUGUGUUAGAACUGUCAUCUCUCACGAUCCUUUGCAAUUUACAAGCAAUGUCCUAUUGCCUGUAAUUUUUUUUUCCCUCAAUGAAAGUUGGUGCCACCCUGGUACAUAAAGCCACGUUUCUGUUGGUCUGUUUUGCAGAUGAUUUGGUUUGGUGAACUGAACACUGAACCUCUCUGAGCUCUCCAGGGUCCUAGACAAACGUCUUGGAUGGGUUAUUUUGUGUUUAUAAUCCAAAUUGCAUGUGAUUUUGAGUUUUUCUUACAUGCUUGUUCCUCUUGUUAAGCUGUAGCUUAGCUGCUCUGUGCAUAUUGUUUUGCAUGGCGUUAUGACACUAUGUUCUGUUACGAUAUGUCUUUUUGUCAUGCUCAGACGAAAUCGAGGAAUCACCAUUACGUCAUUAACUAAAUUCUUGACUUUAGGAAGAAGUUGGCUGUCAAAUAAAUAGGA